AUGAUGAUGAUGUCUCUGAACAGCAAGCAGGCUUUCAGCAUGCCUCACGGCGGCAGCCUGCAUGUUGAGCCCAAAUAUUCAGCGCUGCACUCGGCUUCUCCUUGUACCUCUUCCUCGGCGGCGCCUUCGUCCAGCUCUCCUAGCAAUACCAGUAGCGGGGGCGGCGGUGGAGGCAGCGGGGGCCGGAGUAGCAGCAGCGGCAGCAGCGGCAGCAGCGGUGGAGGCGGCGGCGGCGGAGGCAGCGGGGGCGGAGGAGGUUCCGAGGCCAUGAGGCGAGCUUGUCUUCCCACCCCACCGAGCAACAUCUUCGGUGGUCUGGAUGAGAGCUUGCUGGCCCGCGCGGAAGCUCUGGCGGCCGUGGACAUCGUCUCGCAGACCAAAAGCCACCAUCACCACGCGCCGCAUCACAGCCCCUUCAAGCCAGACGCCACUUACCACACCAUGAACACCAUCCCGUGCACCUCCUCUGCGUCGUCGUCUUCCGUGCCCAUCUCGCAUCCUUCUGCCCUGUCGGGCACCCACCACCACCACCACCAUCACCACCACCACCAUCACCAACCGCACCAGGCGCUGGAGGGGGAGCUUUUGGAUCACAUCACGCCGGGGCUGGCUCUGGGGGCCAUGACGGGGCCCGACGGAUCGGUGGUGUCCACGCCCGCCCACGCCCCGCACAUGGCCACCAUGAAUCCUAUGCACCAGGCGGCUCUCAGCAUGGCCCACGCACACGGGCUUCCUUCGCACAUGGGCUGCAUGAGCGACGUGGACGCCGACCCGCGGGACUUGGAAGCAUUCGCCGAGCGCUUCAAGCAGCGGCGCAUCAAGCUGGGGGUGACCCAAGCGGACGUGGGGUCCGCUCUGGCCAACCUCAAGAUCCCCGGAGUGGGCUCGCUGAGCCAGAGCACCAUCUGUAGGUUUGAGUCCCUCACCCUAUCCCACAACAACAUGAUCGCCCUCAAGCCCAUCCUCCAGGCUUGGCUAGAAGAGGCAGAAAAGUCUCAUCGAGAAAAGCUCACCAAACCUGAGCUCUUCAAUGGGGCUGAGAAGAAGAGGAAGCGCACGUCCAUAGCUGCUCCUGAGAAGCGUUCCCUCGAAGCCUAUUUCGCUAUCCAGCCUCGCCCCUCCUCUGAGAAAAUUGCCGCCAUUGCAGAGAAACUCGAUCUUAAGAAAAAUGUGGUGCGGGUCUGGUUCUGCAACCAGAGGCAGAAACAGAAAAGGAUGAAAUAUUCGGCUGGGAUUUGA